AUGAUUUCUGUCUCUCCACUUGUGUUCUUCACGAUCUUCCUCACGUUCCAACAAAGUUUUGAAAAUUUGUACAAACAAAUCAAACAUCCACUCUCCAAUGAGACCGUUUGUCUUGAUACAAAACCGAUCAUUGAGCAGGUUAACAUCAGAUCAUUGCUGGAAUGUUUGGCCAAAUGUUCUCAAUUGAAUUCCUCAGCAAGUAUGAACCUCACAAAGAUGAAUGACUCAUGCAAUGCAUUCAACUACAUCUCCAACAGUGAGAGUCCUUUGAAAAACUGUCAACUUAUCCACCUUGAACAAAAGAAGUUUUUAAUGAUGCUUAAAGGGAAUGGUUGUUGGGGAUUCACCAAUAUUGGAUACAAAUUCAGAUUUGAAAAUUGCAAUGUCACCAAUGGAACAAUUUCUUUGACCAUUCCAACUUUUAGCACUCCAACAACUGUGUUGUGUGUCAACGGAUGGAUUGUCAUCCAGCAAAGAAUUGAUGGCUCGCAAAGUUUCAAUCAGAGUUGGGCAAAAUAUAAAGCAGGUUUCGGAACAUUCAAUGCUAAUUUUUGGUUGGGAUUGGAGAAAAUCUAUCAGCUGACCAACUCGGCCAGCUACAGAUUGAGAUUUGAAAUUGAUUCGGAAGUUUUGAGUUACACAAUACAUGUGUUCGGAUACAGUGGGAAUAACUUGGAUGUGAUGAAUAGAAAUGGAAUACGUUAUCAAAAUGCCGCAAGGUUUUCAACUCCAGAUCACGACACGGCCGGCAAUUGCGCCAAUAUGUACAGUUCUGGUUUCUGGUUCAAUAAUUGUUAUACCAUAAAUUUGAAUGGUAUUUAUGGUGGGAGGGAUGAAAUGUACUACACAGCUAAAACUGGAACUUGGCGUCAACUCGUUUACUGCAGGAUGAUGAUCAAGUUGAAUUGA